AUGGUGGUUACCGCCGAACGAAGACAGCGAGCGACCUGGGCUGCGCAGUGACGUCACGCCGCGCCGUGUGUAGCCGUCGUCGUGUUGCGUGCGGAUGCUAUACGCGCCUUAUGAACUUCCACCAUUGCGAGAGUGAGAAGAGACGUGUUACUCCGAGAGAGCGCGCGUUUUACAUGCGAAAUACGGUCGACCGGAGGGAGAAUAAUGUGACAGAGAGGUGUUCCUCUACCUCUGUAUGUGUGCGUGUGUGCGUGCGCGUCAAACGAAACCACCACCAUCACCCACACGCCGUAACCGCGUACCGCGUGCGCGCGUACAUGCCUUUCCGUGCCCUCUUCGAGCGUACGCUCCCGCAUCGGGAGUAAACGUGAACCCGCGCGUGCGAACGAUCUCCUCUCGAUCUCCUGGUGUCGUGUGUGUUGUCGAGAAUCCCCCCCUUCGUUGUGUGCGCGCGUGCGAGAGAUGGCCGGCAAUGGUGACAUACAGUGGUGUUUCUCGCAAGUCAAGGGGACUUUAGAAGAUGAUGUUACAGAAGCUGAUAUAAUCUCGUGCGUCGAAUUUAAUCACGAUGGCGAUCUUCUUGCAACAGGGGAUAAAGGUGGACGUGUUGUCAUUUUUCAGAGAGACCCCAUUAGUAAAAACAGUAUACCACGAAGAGGCGAAUACAAUGUGUAUAGCACCUUCCAGAGCCAUGAGCCUGAAUUUGAUUACCUAAAAUCACUAGAGAUAGAAGAAAAAAUUAAUAAAAUUAGAUGGCUAAAAAGAAAAAACCCUGCCCACUUUUUACUCUCCACAAACGAUAAAACAAUCAAGUUAUGGAAAGUUAGUGAGAGAGAUAAAAGAGUAGAGGGGUAUAAUACUAAGGAAGAAAAUGGCGCGAUCCGUGAUCCUGCCUGCAUCACUGCCUUGAGGGUGCCAACCAUAAAACCAAUGGAGUUGAUGGUGGAGGCAUCGCCAAGGAGAAUAUUUGCCAAUGCGCACACCUACCACAUAAACAGUAUAAGUGUCAACAGUGAUCAAGAGACAUACCUCAGUGCUGAUGAUCUUAGAAUUAAUCUUUGGCACCUUGAGAUAACUGACCAGAGUUUUAAUAUAGUAGACAUUAAACCAACUAAUAUGGAAGAAUUAACAGAAGUUAUAACUGCAGCGGAAUUUCAUCCUGCAGAAUGUAAUGUAUUGGUAUACAGCAGUAGCAAGGGAACUAUUAGACUUUGCGAUAUGAGAUCCGCUGCUCUUUGCGAUCAGCAUAGCAAGCUCUUUGAGGAGCCGGAAGAUCCAACCAAUAGAAGCUUUUUCUCGGAAAUUAUUUCAAGCAUAAGUGAUGUAAAGCUCAGUAAUUCUGGAAGAUACAUGAUUAGUAGAGACUACCUCAGUGUGAAAGUGUGGGAUUUGCAAAUGGAGACAAAACCGAUUGAAUGCUAUCCCGUACAUGAAUACUUAAGAUCAAAAUUAUGUUCAUUAUACGAAAAUGACUGCAUCUUCGACAAGUUUGAAUGUUGUUGGAGUGGUAAUGACUCGGCUAUCAUGACGGGCUCGUACAACAAUUUCUUUAGAGUAUUCGAUCGUACGACUAAACGCGAUCUUACCUUAGAGGCAGCGCGCGAUAUUGCCAAACCAAAAACGCUUCUGAAGCCGAGAAAGGUCUGCACUGGUGGUAAGCGCAAGAAGGAUGAGAUUAGUGUUGACUGUCUGGACUUCAAUAAGAAAAUACUUCACACUGCAUGGCAUCCAUCUGAAAAUGUGGUGGCUGUCGCUGCUACGAACAAUCUCUUCCUAUUCCAAGACAAACUCUAGCACAUCUGUAUGCAGAUUAUACAACGGUACAUAUUGACGUGAGCUAGGCACGUUGAACUGAUGAAAACUCCCAAUGCAACCACGGGUGUCCGAAUAAUACUGACGAUAGUCGACUGCUAGUCUGUCAGUGGUUGACUGACCGAGGAGUGGUGUACGUAGCGCCGUCCACGCAGCUCACAUUCAUACAUGAUAUAUACACAUAGACAUACAGGAUUGCACCUCAUACUUUGUCGCGCACAUAUUGUGCAUAUUGAAAAGAGAUGCAAACAAGGGAUUAUACGCAUAACUCUCCAGGCUAUUGAAUUCGCUGGUUCAAAUAUAUUUGCAGAUUAAAGAGACGUACGCAUUUGACAGAAUAUGUGAUUCAUCCAAUUCACAGACUCGUGUUGGCAGUUAAUAUAUGAUUUAUAAAUAACUAAUAAUUAGUAAUUUUUUGCUUGUAUUAUAGAAAAUGUGCCAUUAUACGGUGCAGUCUAUAUGUGAUCACUGUAGACCAGGGUGUUUGAUUAUCGCAUUGGUGAGGCGGACAGCGACGUGAGUAGAGCGAGGAUGAAUUACGAGUUGCUUGCUGGCUCGUUUAUGUAUGAUCAAUAUGAAUAUGUGGUAUAAAGUAUUAAGUUUUUCUUAAUUAAAUGCCUAACUAGCGCAAGAAAAACGAAAGAUCAGUCGUGCCAACGAGAAUAAUCUGUAAUUAUUGUAAUAUUCUAAUUUUUUAUAUUGUCACACGCGCGACACUUCCCAGUUAACUGUAAACAAAAAAUAUGCGACAAUUGCGCUGAAACAAAUUUCCCUUCGCUUUGCCAUUAAUAAUGAAAUCAGGUGUGAUCUUAAAGUUACGAAAAUUACAGAAUAAAAAUAUUUACCAAUAAUUUUGCUUGCAAAAUCGAAGUACUGAUCGUCGCCGAUACAGUUACCAUGACCAGCAAGGCGAUUUCGUUAAACUAAUUUGUCUAAAUUAUAUAUGUAUAUCUACAUUUUAGUGUCACCACAUGCUAAACAUAUAUAGGCCUAUUUUCGGGUUAGUUUAUUACUCUUACACAUAAAUCGUUUGUCUCAGUCGCCAAUACGAGUCAAAAAUAAUAAUGGAAAGUAAUCGAUCUUUCCUCCCAUUAUGUAUUUAAAAAAAGCUAAAUGUUGCUGCAUUAAAUGUAUCGAGCAAUAAGUGUGUGGCGCCGAUUUAAAACAAUGUAUAUCAAUUGUCAUUUUCUAAAAUUGCCCGAUCGGGAGUAAAUGGAAAUCGAAUAGAUAUGGAAUACAGAUUUUUUCUAAUCUUUCUUAUCAAUAAUUUAUUGACACUCUUAUACUCUCCUACAGAUAUAAGGCAGCAAUUUCAUACACGGAUAAAAUAAACCUAAAAGUGCAUUUGAUGAUGGUAAGCUGGGCUUGCAGAGUUUAUAUAAAUAAAAUAUAUAUUUGCUGAAUAAUAUACACACCAGCAUAAUAUAACUUUGAUAAAUAUUCAAAAACAUAAAAUUAGAGUGUUUAUAUUAAAAACUCACACGUUAAAUUUUUAAUUAUUUAAUUUUUUUUAGUAUAUUAAAUAUAUUUAGUAUAUCAUACGAUGAUAGUUAUUUAUUAUAUUCUAAAGUUUUAUCAAAAUGUAAUGUUAAAAUCUUCUACACAAAAUAUAUAGUAUGAUAUUAAUGCAAAAUAUGUAAUAUACGUAAAAUUGAACGAACUAAUACAAUAAAUAGUGCUAAUGACACAAAAAUAGAAAUAUCCAUAAAAAUUAAUUAAUAUACAUAUAUAAAUUAUUUAAAUUUUUAAUAUGUUUAAAAACAAUCGCGAUACAUAAGUCAGAAGUUUUAAUAGAUUUAUUAUGCUUUGUAAUUAAUAUUAUAAUUUCUCAAUAUUUUUUGCGCUCAUAUUAUGAGAAUGUAUAGAAACAAUAUAUUUAUAAAAAAAUCUAAUAAUGGAAAAAAUUAUGGAUAUUUUUUGCAAAGAUGAAUAUAUUGUAUUUUGUAUGACCAAAAACAUUUGCGUGUGAGUUUUAAAUAUGAAAAUUGUGAUAGCAUAUAUAAAUCUAUUUCUAAAAUAAAAUAUAUAGUAUGAAAAAACAGCUUCGUGAUAAUGUAAGAAUAAAAUUACAGAUUUAUAGGGACAAAAUUGAAAAUUGAAAUACAAUGAAAAAAUAUAUAUGCACACAAAAUGUAAUUUUCUAUGUUAAAAGUAAUGCAAAAGCUUCUUCAUUAAAAACCUGCUUCGGUGAUUACUAAACUAUAAGAAUGAUCAAAGUUUAAAAUUAAUAAGUUUGAUAUAUAUAUACAAAUAAUUCUCAAUACUGAACAAAUUUUCAGGAUCUCUUAAUUUUUGAUAAGAGCAAAUAUAGAUAGUUCUUUAUAGAGAGAAUAUGCAUCAGCAGAAUUAUACCGAAAAUUUAUUCAAUCAAAUUUAUAAGAAUGCGAUUUUAAUUAUUAAUAAUUCGUCGAGAAAUCAGUAUAAUAUUAAUGAUUUAUACAUUAAUUCUGAUUUUAAAUUCUGAUUUUAAAUUAUGCAUUCUAUGUGUGUUUUUUUAACUUUUUAUUAUAUGUUUAUGCUUUUAUUUAAACGAUUUCACAUAAGUACUAGUAAGUUAUAAUCAACAUACUUCGGACAUCCUGUGCGCCGACUUCUAGAGCCAAUAAAUUGCGUAUUAUUACGUUUUUUUUUUUUUGUAAUACAGUGUUUUAAUUCCUUUCCAAUGAAUGGAAUACAUAAGUAUAUGAUAUUACGAAAAUAUUGGAAGUGAGACAUUCACAAAAUUGUAUAAUCUGUAAUAUGUUGCAGUAAGAUGUAAGAUAUACAGUAAAAUCGCGAAAAGUUUAUUUUGUACUUGAACGAAACGCAGUUUUAUUUUUUUUAAUGUGAUAAUAAUUUGCAUCUAUCGAUAUAUUAUUAUAAAUUAUUAUAAAUGUGUUUUACACAGAGACACUUCGUUAUUUGCCUUUUCUUUUAUUUAAUUGCUAUAUAGAUUUAUAAAAUGUAAUGAUCCAAUCAAUUCAACAAGGUAGAUAGCGCGAUGCCUGUGAUGCUUGACUAUAUAUAAAUUACUGAAUUUGUUAAGCGAUUAAAAUGACAUAAUAUUGCGAUCGGCAGUCUUAAAGACAAGAUAAAGCGUUCCGAAAAAAGAGUUGUUUGAGAAAAAAGUCUACAUAAUCAGAUAUAAAUAUACAUAUAUGAUUAUAUAUAAAAAACAUACAUAUAUGAUUAUAUAUAAAAAAAACAUACAUGUUAUAGUUUUUUUUUCUCUUGUAUAAUCUCUACGUAUGUACAUUAAAAGAAUAAUUUUUGCAUUUAUUUUUUUUCUUUGUAGAAAAAGUAAAAAUCUAAAAAAAGAAACACAAAAAUUAUUCUAAUUAUUUUCCAAUUAUUCUUAUUAUUUUUCUAUAAGUACAUACAUGAAGAAAUGAUACAAGAGAAAAAAAUAUAUGGACAUAUUUUAUACAUAAUUAUGUAUGUGUGUGCUUACAUUUGUGAUUACAUAUAGACUUUUGAACGAUGAACUUCCACACAAAAUUUAAAAUUUAUUAAUGGAAAAAAAAUUUAUCAAAAAAUUUUUUUUUUUUUUUUGAGACAAUUGCAAAGCUAUAAAAAAUGUCUUAAAAUUAUUAUUUCAUAUGUGUACAAGAUAAUUUCAAUCAACGUUUAUUGAUGCUGAACAUAACAGAAUGUUUUUGAUACGCGAGAUCUUGAUGUGAUAAUAAGAGCCGUUGUAAUACUCUAACUCUCUAACACAAAAGAUUGAAGUUCUAUAUUUUUAUUAAUAUGAUCACGGAUAUAAUACGGAUAUGAUCACAGAUAAAAUAACACGUAUGUAAGGUUUUCUUAUAGCGAAUAAUAGUCUCUUCAUACCUGCGUUGCACGAGAAGUAACGAACGAAUUUUUUUCGCGUGCAUAACUUAAAAAGACAUACGAUCUUAUGUAAGAAAAAAAAAAAAAAGAAAAAAUGGAACGUGAACACAAAAAUUGACAUCGACGGUACGAGAUAUAUGUCAUCGAUGUAAAUUAAAAUACUACUAUAUAACACCAGAAGAAAACAAUAAAUUUUACUGUACAAAUUA